AUGUCUUUCCAUUUUAUUGCAGGGCUGCAAGCUCAGACUGUCUUAGUCAAUGACACAGUCUCGGGGUUUAUCGGGACAGACGUGGUCCUGCACUGCAGCUUCACCAAUCCGCUCCCCAAUGUGAAGAUCACGCAGGUCACGUGGCAAAAAGCCACCAACGGCUCCAAGCAGAAUGUGGCCAUCUACAACCCUGCCAUGGGGGUGUCCAUCCUCUCUCCGUACAAAGAGCGGGUGACUUUCCGGAACCCUUCCUUCAAAGAUGGCACCAUUCAGCUCUCUCGGCUAGAACUGGAGGAUGAGGGAGUUUACAUCUGUGAGUUUGCUACCUUCCCAACUGGCAACCGAGAAGGUCAACUGAACCUCACUGUUCUGGCCAAGCCCACAAAUCGGAUGGAGGGCACCAAGCGGCCACUUAUCGCGAAGUCUGGCAGGACAGAAAAGAUCUUGGUAGCUACCUGCACCUCCUCUAAUGGGAAGCCCCCCAGCACUGUCACCUGGGACACCAAGCUCAAAGGGGAAGCGGAGUUUCAGGAGAUCCGGAAUAGCAAUGGCACUAUCACAGUCAUCAGCCGGUACCGGCUGGGGGGGGGCCAGCAGCUCAUGUGUGUAGUCAACUACCAGCUGGACCGCUUCACUGACAGCAUGACCCUCAACGUGCAGUAUGAGCCAGAAGUCACUAUUGAGGGCUUUGAUGGCAACUGGUUUCUCAACCGGAAGGAUGUGAAGCUGAUAUGCAAAUCUGAUGCCAAUCCCCCAGCUCACACCUAUGAAUGGAAGCUGCCAAACGGGACUCUGCCAGGGAGCGUGGAAAUCCAGAACAACACCAUCUACUUUAAAGGGCCUGUCUCCUACAGCGUGGCUGGCACCUACAUCUGUGAGGCCUCCAACGCCAUCGGUACACGGUCGGGCUUGGUGGAAGUCAAUGUCACAGGCAAUUUAGGGAUUGUCAGUGGACCACAAAACCUCUUUCAAGAGCUGCAUGCAAUAAAUGGAGUUCAAUCUAGUGAGCAGCCAGCCUUGGGAGGAAAAAAAAACAGAAGGCUGAUGCAGAGAAAACCCUGCAGCGUCUUUCCCCCUCCCAUCUCCCCGG